CCUGGACGUUGUGUCAACAACACGCUAAAAGGUAAUCGUGUUAUGGUGGAGCUUACAGGUAACGGCUCGUGAGCAUCCCUUCAAAACAGCACAAGACUUAAAAUGGUCCGUUUCUACCGUGCUGUAUGCUGGGUUGUCGCAUGCUGUUGUUUACAAGUGUUAUGUACGGCGGACACUUGUACAGACUACACGGCAGAUGACGAGCCAAAGCGCAGCGUGCAGUACAAUGCCACCACGAACUCUACUCUACUCUGUGACCGCGGGCUCUCUACGGGGUGGUACCGCUUCACCAGUGCCGCGGGCGGGGAGAUGCCCACCACCUGCCCGCCCAAUUUUGCAUGCGGUACCCGGGAACCCAUGUGGUUAAACGGGGGCCAUCCGGCCGUUCAGGACGGCGAGGUCAACCGAACUGUCUGUGUUCGUCAAAGCGAUGAUUGCUGUGGCUUACAGGUUGACAUCCGGGUUAGAAACUGUAGCGGGUUCUACGUGUACUACCUGACAAGUCCGCCAGGGUGCGACAUGGCGUACUGUGCAGGGACAGAGACGCCAUGCCCUGCCGGAACAACCUCCUCAAAUUCUAACUUCACACCAGGCUGUGCCCGUCCCAACACCCCAGCUGGUACCACCAACACGGCGGCAGUGAUCGUUCCUGUACUGUGUAUCGUCUUCAUGCUACUGUUCUUCGGCGGCGGACUGAUACUUUACAAGGGCAAGCGCUACGGUCACGAGAGAAGCGUGCACGUGUCGCCCAGCCCCGUCAGAAGGAAAUACAGCGUACCGACAAUUGACGAGUGACGUUAUUGGUUGAUUGCACUCACGUGGCUUGUGACGUAGUAGGUUUAGCGUCCGCCAUCUUGGUGGGUUAAAGACGCAUAGAACUCAUUACUAGUAGUUCAGACCUGACACAUCUUGAUUUUCUCUACCUCAACAGAAACAUUUUUUUACCUCUGCACUUAAAAAAAA